ACAUUCUCUGUUCUAAGAUCAAUUCCAGAUCUGACAUCCUCCUGUCUAUGGUUCUUUCCUGCCCUCAUACUCUAUGAUCUUAGGGAAAGUAUGAUAUGACUUGAUGCAAAGGAUGUCUUCCACCUGCUACAAAGAGAAGGUGUUGUGACUCGGACCCAAAGGUGACCGGUGUGUCCUGGUCAAGAGAGACGUUAAUUGACUGUGGAUGAUCAGGGGAGUCCUGAGCCCCGAGGCUCGCUCGGAAGAAGCAAGCCCAGAAGAUGGUAGCAGAGAGGACUCCAGCGUCCCUGCGUUAAAGCCGAAAGAGCCCGAGGAGAGGAGAAACCCAAUCCUCAGAGAGGACAGACACCUGACACCCAGCACCGAGAGGCGCCCUUCCACAGAGAUGGCCCCCCCGUCCACGCACCACCAGGGAGUAAGACGAGCUGCUCCCCGGGGAGGGGCAGCGCAUCAGCACCAGAAGGAGGGAGACAGCAGCAGCCUCGCCCCGAGUCCGCGCGCCCCGGCAUUUGUGCCCUCACGGAAAAAUAUCAUCUCUUUUACCCUCAACUCACUUAGGGAAGCCAGACAGGAAAGAAAAGUGAUGGAAACCCUCCUUGACACCAUUACUCCAAAGUUCUGGAAAUCAAAACAAGUCAAAAACAGCUGUCUUCCACUCGCCAUCCCUGAGGAUCCUCUAGACUCCAAAAGCAUGAAUGAGCUGAAGCAGAGCCAGCUCUCUGAAGACGAAGCUUGGGAGAGAUUCUUUGCUGAUUCUUCCUCAAUGAGGGAAAAGGCCACUCAACUCAGUGAGACCCUGUAUGGCUUAUUUGGAGACACCAAGGGUCAAGAUGGCAAUCUUUCGGAUGAGGACAAAAUCUUCUUGAAAGAGUUUCCUAAGAAGAAGAUGGAGCUGGAGGAGCGUAUCCAAGACCUUCACGCUAUCGCAGAUCAAGUCGACAAGACCCACAAGAAGUGCAUCAUCACCAAUGUGGUCGCUGGCUCCACCAGCAUCAUCUCCAGCAUCGUGACCAUUAUGGGCUUGGCGCUUGCGCCAGUCACAGCAGGAGGAAGCUUGAUCCUCUCGGCUUCUGGGUUUGGCUUGGGGGCAUUAGCUGCUAUCACUAGCCUUUCAUCAAGCGUCAUUGAACGUGUGGGCAAUUUGACAGCGAAAGAGCGAGUGAGCAACCACAAGGGGACAAAGGGACAAGUGGCCAUGGUAGUGUUGUGUAAGGAGGCACCCCAAGUUGUUUCUGUAGCUCAGAGGUGUGUUUCUUUGGGUAACCAGGUCUUAGAAGAAAUCAACAAGAACAUCCGUGCCUUCCGCUUGGCUAAAGCCAACACUUGUUUAACCACUUCAGCCAAAACUCUAAUGACUACUGGCUCCCUUUCAACCCGGAGUGCCCGGAAGGUGGAGAAGGCCUUUGGUGGAACAGCCCUGGCCAUGACCAAAGGAUCCAGGAUGAUGAGUGCCAUGACAACAGGUGCAUUCGUUCUGGUGGACAUGAUCACUGUCAUUCAUGAUUUGAAUCAUUUACUGGAGGGGGCAAAAGCUGAAAUGGCUGGAGAACUGAGGGAGCAGGCUCAGGAACUGGAAGGGAAACUUGAGGAACUUUCCCAGGCCUAUCACAGUCUCUUGGAUAUAGUCAUCUCAAACAGUGAUGGAGAAGGGAAGGCUGUGGAUGGUGGCACAGGACCAACUCAAUAGAGGCCCCCUCUUUAGGUUAAGAUUUAGGGGUCAGGGGCUAAGGGAAUCUGCAGCCCAAAGGACACAGCUUCAAGUUCAAACUUAGACUUAUUGACAAUUACCUGGACAAGAAAUGACCAAUGAAUUUUUGUUGGUAUUGUUUAGUAAGUAGGUUUCCAUAUUUUAGUAUGUCCUCACGUGUAUAUGUAUAUACUGUAUGUCCUAAUUCUAUUCUCUCUUCUCUCUUUCUCUCUCUCUCUCUCUCUCUCUCUCUCUCUCUCUCUCUCUCUCUCUCUCCUCUCCCCCCUCUCCCUCUUUCUCUCACUCUCCCCCCUCUCUCCCUCUUCCUCUCUCUCUCUCCCUCUCUCCUUCUCUCUCUCUCUCUCUCUCUCUCUCUCUCUCUCUCUCACUCUUUCUCUCUCUCCCUCUCACUCCCCCCCUCUCUUUCUCUUUGUCUUUCCUGUCUCCCUGUCUGUUUCUCCUUCUCUAUCUCUCUCUUACUCUCUCCCUCCCCCUUUACCAUAUACAUACAUGCAUAUAUACACAUGUGUGUUCAUGGUACACAUAUGCAUAUAUAUUAUUGUACCAUAACAGCAAUAUUUUUAAAAAGCAUAAUUUAUAGAUUAAUGUAUAUGACUACCCAGCUGUCCAAAACAAAAUGAGGAAGGAGGCUUUUUCUUCUCAUUGGUCUAAAAAUUGUUGCCCAUACUAGUCACAGGACUAUCGUGGUUGGAGUCAGCACAAGGCAUGCAGCCUGGCCCAGAGGGCCCCUUGGACACUGACCAGCUGACCAAUCAUCACUGCAAUGAGCCAUCUUGUCCUGAUGGGCAUUUCCUCCUCUAGUGAGGGAGAACCAUAAAGGGGGUGUCGCUGGGACCUAUGGCCUCAGGGCCAUAGAGUCCUUCCGCCUGCAGUAGAACCUCCUGGGGCCGGAGGUAGCUCUGUGGCUGAUGGCUUUUAAGUCGUUUGAAUAACCUUUCUUGAGUACCUGUUCUCAGCCUGUUCAUAAAUGUGCCAAAUACUUCCUUUCCCUGUUAGGGCUUCAACACUUCCACCAGUUUAUAUGGUGUUCGUGGCGUUGAUGAUGAUAAUAAUGACAGACUUCUGCAGUGCAGGGACUAUUUAUGUCUCUGAGCAUGGCAUCUGGGGCAGAGUAGGUGCAUACUAAGUGCUUGGUGAUGGUUUAGACAACAAUGAUGAGCAUUUAUUGACAGCAUACAAGGCACUUAAUUUAGUUUGAUCAUCAGGUGGGUAGUAGAGGCAUCGCAGUAAAAUAGAUAAAGCUGUGUCUUGGGAGCUUGAAGUCCUGGGCUAGCAUCAAAGUUCUGACAUUUACUAGCUGUGUAACCUUAGGCACAUCACCUCUUCUCUGAGUCACUACUUCCUCCAUGAUGAAUUGAGGGGGUUGAUUACUAAGGUCCCUUCUAGCUCCAAUCUCCUAUGUUCUCUAUUAUUUCAAAUUUCAAAAUUCAGUCACAUAACUUUAGGGGAAGGAAGGAGAAGGAGAAUAAGCAUUUAUUAAGCACCUACUAUGGGCCAUCAGUGGACCAAGUAAUCUACCAAAUAUUAUAGUCUUCACAACAACCCUGAGAGGAAGGUGCUCUUUUGAUCCCAUUUUACAGUUCAGACAACUGAGGCAAACCAAGGUUAAGUGACUUGCCCAGAGUCACACAGCUAGUAAGUGUCUGAGGUUGGAUUUGAACUUCUCGACUUCAGGCCUGGUGUUCUACCCACUUCACCACCUAGAAGAUGAGUGGAGGAAGAUCAUCAGUUAAAUCAGGGGAGACAAUAUUGCCUCACAUGUUUAUGCACAGAUAUACAAAGUGUAGCAAAUACGGUGAAUUAGAUUCUAAUUCAAGAAGGGGAUUCCAUCUCAUAGCAGAGAGACUUGGUGGCAUCUGGGACUAGAACAUGGCUCUGGAAAAAUGUAACUUUAAGAUGGAAUAAAUUAGAUAAAA